CGCGCCGCAGCAGCCGCCACGCGGGAGGGAGCGAGGCGGAACGUCAAAGAAUACGGCGAAUGUGCCGCCAUUUUGCUGCACACUUAGCUACACGGCCUGAAUGCGGUUUGGCACCGGUAAGAACUGCAGUGUUGUGUGACAGUGCCUAUAACAGGUCAACGCGGUCUACAGUAACGAGGGGCUGCACGCUCACAGCCAAAAACUUGUGGGAAAGCUGAAAACUCGCUUUCCAGCCUCGUCCCGUACGCCAGCGUCCUGCCGCGCGCUCUCCGCGUGCCGCCCUCCCAUCUGCUCCUGCGGAAGGCGCCUCCAUAGUUUACUACCUACCUACACACCAUAGCAUUGCACGCGCUCGCGGGAGAAGCGUUCGCAGCGUGAAACGCGCAGGAAGCUCUGGUUAGCCUGUUUACACGUCGCGGCUGAACUUUAUACCGGUAUUAGCUGUUCCAUUCGCUCUGUGGAUGGUUGAACUAACGCGUGGGCUAGCUCGGCCCUGUGAUUCGCGGUGGUGUGCUCCUAUAUGUUCUUCGUCUUGAUGGAGGAGUUCUCCUGGGAUCGCUUUCUGGAGCUUGUACAACAGCACCGCUACCUGUAUGACACCAAUCAACCAGAGUACAAGGACGCUGCCCUGAAGGACCGCCAGUGGGUGAAAAUAGGGCAGUGGUUCGGACUGACAGGAUGGCAGGCGAAGAACAAGUGGAGAAACGCGCGCGACCGCUACAUCAAGAUACGAGUCCAAAUGAAGCGGAGCGAUCGCCGGGUGUACGACAAAAUGGGCAUUCCCGUCCCGAAAACUAAGUGGCAGUAUUACAAGACGCUGGACCACAUGCUCAGGAACGCGAAACAGCACGGCCCCCUUUGCCAAAUGGACCCUAUGGUCAAGCCAAAGACAGAACCAGUCGAAUACGUCUUCGAGGGCACGGAAACGCAAGAGGUGACAAUUGAUGCAGGGACUUCUCAAGAUGGUGACCCGAGCCUCGCGGCUGAGACGACAAGUAAUGGAGCGACCCUUGAAAACAGUCAUGACGCGGACACCGUUGAAUUGCAUCGGAAUGAAGUUAUGUCAUCUCCAGAAACCGCAGGCGCAUCAAGUCUAAGGCAGCUGCUACGAGAAUUAGAUUGUGAUGAGGACGAAAGCGCGUUGCUUGCUGACGAGGAGUCACUGAAAAAAAGCCUGGACAUCUGUAUGAAGCACUUGGUGGCCAUGAAGCCGGGGUCCUCAGUGGUGCCGCUGCGACGGGAUACCUCGCGGGAUGAGUGCCACGACCACGGGCUGUCGAUCGCGGCCAGGCUGCGUCGUCUGGACGACGUAGCAUUGCCGCAGGUAUUGCACCGCAUCAGCGCCAUCCUGGUAGAGUUUGGUGUGUGACUAUAGAAACCCUGACUGAUAACUGCAGUGAUCGUUGAAGUGAUGGUGCUCAAGUGUGCUUUUUCCUGCUAAAGGGACAAAAUGAACAAUCAGAGAACUGCAUUGCUGCGUCAACACUGCAAACCGGGUGCCGGCGUAGAACUGUGGCGGAUGACCAAUGGGGACAAACGCGGCACUUGCUUUCGUCCCGUUGGUGCUCUUCUGGAUCGACCAUGUUGGGCAAACGUGUGUGUGGCUUGGCUCUUGAUCUUCGCCAUUGGUAGAGAUAUAAAAAUUUUGUUGGUG